GCGCCGCGGUCUCGCUGUGUCUGCUCUGCGCAGCGCCUGCGAGCGGAGGGAGUCGGUGAAACGCAGCGGCGGUUCCAGCGAGUGCGGCUUCGGUAACGAUGCACUAAACCUGCCUCUUCAUUCAUGCUCUCACAGCCCAAGCAGAAAUACCAAACAACAACACCUCCAUUGUGACUCAUUCUCCCCGGUUUAAUCGUUGCUGCUGAACUUGGCUCGGAAAAGAAGGUUUAAUGAAAGAGAAAGACGAGAAGAAGCGCACGGCAACGUUACCACUGUUUUUAUUUUCAUCCCUUUCUGAAUGACGGGCGGACGGUUCGACUUCGACGAUGGAGGCACUUACUGUGGCGGAUGGGAGGACGGGAAAGCCCACGGGCACGGCAUCUGCACGGGACCCAAGGGUCAAGGCGAGUACGCCGGGUCCUGGUCCCACGGUUUCGAGAUAGUCGGGGUCUACACCUGGCCCAGCGGGAAUACGUACCAGGGCUACUGGUCGCAGGGCAAACGCCACGGGCUGGGUGUUGAGACCAAGGGGAAGUGGGUUUACCGCGGGGAGUGGAGUCACGGGUUCAAGGGUCGCUAUGGAGUUCGGCAGAGCACCAAUACACCUGCUAGAUACGAUGGGACGUGGAGUAAUGGACUACAGGAUGGCUAUGGAGUCGAAACCUAUGGGGAUGGUGGCACAUAUCAAGGCCAGUGGAUGGGGGGCAUGAGACAUGGCUAUGGUGUGCGGCAGAGCGUGCCUUACGGAAUGGCCACCAUUAUCCGCUCUCCGCUUCGCACCUCCCUGGCCUCCCUAAGAAGUGUGCAGAGCAACGGCGCCGUUCUGCAGGACACGGUUCCCGACACGCCAGUUGGAAGCCGUGGUGGUUUCGUGCUGAAUUUUCACAGCGACACCGAAGUCAUCACCGGGAAGAAGAAGGGCCUGUUCCGCCGCGGGUCCCUCUUCGGCAGCCUCCGCCAGCUACGUAAAUCCGACUCUAAAACCUCCAUCUCUAGCAAACGGAGCUCGGCACGUAGCGACGCCACCAUGAGCCGCAUCAGCUCCAGCGACGCCAACUCCACCAUCAGCUACGGAGACGGAGAGGUGCCCGAUGAGUACACCCCCAUGGAGGACCAUGUGGACGCCACCACCACUGAGUCUUACAUGGGCGAGUGGAAGAACGACAAACGCAACGGGUUUGGAGUCAGCGAGCGAUCCAACGGGCUGAAAUACGAAGGGGAAUGGAUGAACAACAAGAGGCAUGGAUAUGGAUGCACAAUAUUCCCAGAUGGAAACAAAGAGGAGGGGAAGUAUAAAAAUAACGUGUUGGUGCGUGGGAUAAGGAAGCAGCUUAUUCCUCUUAAAAACCAUAAAACAAAAGAAAAAGUUGACAGGGCCGUGGAAGGGGCUCGAAGGGCGGCAGCUAUCGCCAGGACUAAAGUGGAAAUAGCAGUGUCAAGGACAUCCCACGCGAGGACUAAGAGUGAAGCAGCAGACCAGGCCGCUCUUGCAGCGUGUCAGGAAUCAGACUUAGCCAGAGCUGUGGCUCAUGAAUUAUCUCCAAGCUUCCAUCAACCAGGACUUGACUACAUCAAACAAAAGUUCAGCGAGCCAGUGGAGGAGAUCAAGGAGGAAGCACCUAAAGAAGAGAAGGAGAAGGAGAAGUCUUCUGGCAGCCCUUUCUAUCGGCGCGGCACGACUCCAAGCCACUCUCCUGCCCAGAGCCCAACCCCGUCGCCUCCCCAGUCCCCUCAAAAGAGCCAAGCGCCCAACCCAAGCGCUAGCCGCAAGAUAAGCAAGGACAACAGCAGCGUAGCCCGAAAGAUAAGCAAGGACAGUAGUAGUGUAGCUCGCAAGAUAAGCAAAGAAGAGAGAGCCUCUAUUGUGGCAGAGAUCACCAAAGUAUCCGCCCCUCCUCCUGUACCGGCCAUCAAGCUACAGGACGCCCCCCCACCAAAGCCCCCCAAGGCCCCUGAGCCCCUGCCCAAACCUGCCAGCACAGGUAACGGGCAGCUACAUGCUGCUUAUCACAGUUACUACGUGAAGCCGGUGGUGCAGUUGCCUCCACCAGAGGAACCAGAAGAUGAAGAACCUGAGAUGACGCAAUCUAGCCUGGCCAGGAUGCCUCCACCACCCAAAAUGGUGAGGACGCCCACUCCCAAACCAGAGCCCAAGAUCAGGAAACAAGAGUCUAUCAAACCAAAGAGCUUAGCUGAAACCAAGAAAGCCAGCAUAGAUAUGGCAGAUGAAACAGUAGCGGAGGAAUCUGGUCCUAACUCAAUUUUGGUUGCCAUGGUGAUGCUUUUGAAUAUUGGAUUGGCAAUUAUUUUUGUCCAUUUCCUUACAUGAAACACGACCAUCUCAGUGUUGGAUGGCGACCCACACAGUGUCAAUGACCUUUCUGAAAUCCAAAUGGCACCAGGCAGUCUCCAGAGGGCAGAGGGAGCUGAAGAACCAACAUAUGGGGGUUUGAAACCCAGAGCAUCAUCCCUGAGAAUGACGUGGUCUAAUAUCAUGUGGCUCUGGCAAAAGAGAUGAAAAUAUUUUUGGGGGCAAAAAAAUUACCAUUAAAAUGGAAACCCAAGAAGAGAAUGCAGUGCAACGUGACUCUUAUCUGCUGACGGAAAGCCUUAAUAUCAGCCACUCCAUAGGUCUCUGGCAGAGACUUAACUGGAAAUGUUUGAUGAUGCACUUUUUGCGUGAUGGGCAAGAGCAGCUGCCUUACUCAUUUACCAUCUGACGUGUAACUGGGAGAUGCGCUCGCAGUGCCAGAGGAAUGCGUUCGGGGGGCUUUGCUGCAGCGGGCGUGCGUUCCAGCCAGCCUGGCCAGAGGAAACCGAACGCGCACACCAGCGUCACUCAUCCGUCUUACACCCUUUACCGACCCACUGCAGUUUCUUCUAGCAUCUCCUACGGUCUUCUCGGAAGCUUUUAAAUCGAUGCUCCCUACUGUACUCUUCGCGUUUUUCGUUUUCGUGUAACUUUAUGUUCGUCAACCGUGUUUUGAAUUUAAUGCGAAGCAAAAUCACUCCCACUUUUUUGUGAGUACUUCUAAACCAGACAAGGGAAAAUAUUAUAUUAUUUAUUAAAACGUGCAAUAUGAUUUAUUUUUACACUUUGUUCACCAAAUAGGGGCACUGUAAUACUGUCCCAGUAUUUAAGAGAUGGCAAAAUAAGAAGAGUUUAGAGGAAAGGUCCUUGCACGCUGAGUCUAAAAUUUUUAUAUGCAUUUGUACUUUUACUAAAAUUCUUGCAACGGAUGUGGAAACGAAAAAUCGAACCGAAACCAUUUUUUUUUUAAUGCCGGACGAAGAUUUCGUAGGUAAAAGUGAUUGACGUAUUUAUAUUUCAACAGGCGAAAAUUUCAGACAAAUGAAAGCGUGCGAUGGCCUUUACAGGUACGAUUGAAGAUCUGCGGUUUCCCACUCUUUGUUGAACACGUUCACUCGGAUCACGGCAAAACCAAUUUAAAAAGUCUUAUGAAGUGUGUUAUUUAUUGAAUUCUGGGAAUUGACUGUUUGUCGUGUUAUGUAAAUUAAGCCUAUGCCAUUGUGCAUGCCAUGUUGUGCAAGAGUUAUUGUGUUUCAGGUGUCGGGUUUGACAUGUGACGGCAGGUGAGAUGUUUUGAGAAAAAAAGGAAAAAGACGAUGUUGAGGGCUUGCUUGCAUGUUUGUGACCUUGGAUGCUUUGGAUAUCAAAGUCAGGUAGUGCCACAGUCGGGUGGCGCUAGAAGAAGUAGGACAUUGCCUUUAAGAGUCUUUAACAGUACUUCAGUUUACCUCAAACAACAUAGAAAAGGAAAUAAACGCCUCGUAUGAGAUGAAGUCUUUGUCUUAAAUCUGUAGUAUGCAAAUUCUGACUGACAGAGUCAUUGGGAAUUCAUUUUAAACGUGCCACUAUAUUGUAAAAUUAGUUUUUUGGUACAUCCUGAAAUUUCACUUUUAUUUGUUAUUCUUCUAUUUAUGUGCAGUUUCCCUCUUCGGAAGGUUUAUUUAUUAUAUAUAUAGCAUUCUAGAUAUCGUUUCUAGUGUUUGGUGAGUGUACAAGGGCUUGGAAAACUCGGUUUCUCUUCUUUAAAACCCUCAUUUGCUUUUAGUUUUCUUUUGCAUGGGGUCUUUAAACGCAUUAACACCUGUAUAUUUGAUUCAAAAACACUAUGUUUAAGGCAUAAAACUUUACUCUUGAAGGAUGCGUUUCAGUUUGGUUGCAAUUUCAGUUCUGUGCAACAAUGCAGUGCAAUGUGUACGGGCUCUUUUUAUAUGUUUUCUGAAGGAGUUGUGAGCUCUUAUGAUAACAGGGCAGGGCAUGGAGUUAUUUUUCUAAAAACAAAUGUUGCACAAACAAAAAAACAUUUAUAUACUAUAUAAGGUUUAUUCUAUUUAUAAGCAUUUUUACAGAGCACAGCCAUUACAAUAUGAAUUCUAAGAUAUUUUUCUAUAGAAAUGCACAAUUGUAUUUUGUCAAAAGCAGUAUAGCUCCUUUAUAUCAAGCAUUGCAUCUCACACGUCUUUAGAGGCAAGACUUAUACAUGAUCCAAUGUGAUUUGAAAUGCUGAAGAUGCAGGAAUUCUUUUUGAACCCUUGAAUGCAAAAAAAAAAAAAAAAAAUCAUCUCUGUUUCAUUUCAAGCCCAUGGGUUAGCCCCACGUAUUUCUGUAAUUUGAAAAGUUAUGGUAUUUAUCUGUAUAAUAAAAUGUUAUGCCUUGUAAA